AGUGCCAACUUUGUAGCCAUGGUGUAUAACUGAGUGACACCGUUAUAUGUCAGAUAGUGUAGUGUCAGAUAGCCUCUACAUUAUUGUAUCAAUAAAUAUCUAAAAAGUAAAUAGCACUCCAGAGAUAAGAUAAGAGGCAACAAAACUUAGUUUAUCACGGAAUCGUGACGUUUACCUUGUCCAAUGUAAACGUUCUAUUUAGACUUUUAAAAAUACCAGAAAGGGGUUUUGAAGUUCUUGGAUUUGUUCUUAUACAUAUACAAGACUUCGUUUUGUGGGGCAAAUCUAGGCCUGCUUUAACCCAAGUGGUAACAGCUUUCCGUUUAUAGAUCGCCACAUUUAUAUGAAGGGGGAAAACAAGAACCGACUCAAUGUUUCAACACUUGAAGUUAUUACUAUGGAAAAACUUAGUCAUCAGGAAGAGGCACUGGCUUUUAACAUUAACCGAAAUCUUAAUUCCCAUUUUAUUGUUCACUUUAGUCGCUUACGGCCGAUCUAAAAUAAGCGGCUUGAACAAACAAGUCAUCGAUUUUCCAACGUACUAUCGCGAAAAUACGCUGGACGAGAUCUACUCUCACUUAGAUGUUGGGGAACUGAAACUGUGGUAUUCGCCCUACAAUGAUUUUACUGGAAAAAUCAUAAGAAAAGUCCAGGAAACGUUCCAAAUUCCCGGCGAUGAUGUGAGGGAGUUCACUUCGGCCGAGAAACUCGAGCAGCAUUUUCAGACCAUUUCUAACUCUUCCGCUUUGAUAACAGUGGUUAAUUUUCACGGAAACGACCCCAAACAUCUGGAUUAUGACCUAAGCCUUUACGAUAAGUACUUAUUAUGGGACACCGACAAGCUUUUCCUCCCCGUCAUAAACCAGGAAGACCGAAGAUCGUCAAAAUACAUCUACAAGGGCUUCGCUGCACUUCAGGUGGCAAUAGACUUGGCAUUUUUGGAACUCCAAACCGGGCAAAAACCAAAAAUCGAUUUUUCCAUUCAGGAAUUUCCAGACCCGCCUCACACUGACGAUUCGGGCUUGAGCCAACUUUUCUUGUAUUUCCUGCCUUUGAUAACCAUCUUCAGCUUCAUUUUUUUGUGUCCAGCUGUGUUGCAACGAGUGGGUGAAGAGAAACAUUCAGGAACUAAGGAGUUUAUGAAAAUGGUCGGCCUGAACUCGUCCAUGUUAUGGCUGGGUUGGUUUAUUCAUGCUUUAAUAACCAAUCUAUUCUCCAUCAUUGUUAUCGUGGUUUUGAUGAAAGUACCUUUCUGGGGUGUUGCCUAUCCACCGAUUGAAUAUUCAAGUGGAGUCGUUCUCUUCGUGUUUUUGUUCUUGUACUGUAUGGCUGCCAUCACGUUCUGUUUCCUCAUUGCUACCAUAAUCAGCAAACCAUCAAUUGCGACAGUGGUGGGCUUACUGAUUUGGAUUUUUUCGUACUUCAUACCGCAAGCUUUAGUAACAUCGCACGAAAACCUGGCCUGGCGGUUUAAAAUACCUUUGGCGAUCUUCCCUAACAUGGCAUUGCAUUUCGGAUACAACUCAAUUUCAGUUUACGAAAUGAGAGAGUUAGGCAUCCAAUGGUCCAACAUUUUCCACUCGGGGAGCGGCGGUGAAAAUGACGUAACAAUGGGAAACGUUUUCGUGAUGUUGAUUGUGGACAUGAUUUUCUUCAUGUUAUUAACGAUCUACAUCGAAAACGUUAAACCGGGGAAGUACGGAAUCGCCCAGCCUUACACUUUCCCGUUAAAAUCUCUGAUGAAUUGCGUUAGAUGCUUUGGUUGUUUUACCAAAAUUGACAAUGACCCAUCCACAAAACGUUUGGAUGCAGAGAAUGGACCACCAGUUUGUAUUGAAAUUUGCGAGCUAUUUAAAAAGUUCAAAAACGUUGUUGCCGUUGAAAACCUCAGUUUGAACAUUUACAAGAAUCACAUCACAGUUUUGUUGGGUCAUAAUGGGGCUGGAAAAACCACAACAAUGUCCAUCCUCACAGGGAUGAUCAAUGCGACAAAUGGUUAUGUUAAAAUCAACGGAAAAGAUAUCAAGCAAAACACCAGCGAGGUCAGAAGACUGCUAGGUCUUUGCCCACAACACAAUCUCCUGUUUCCCGACUUGACCGUCUUCGAACAUUUGAAAUUUUUCGCAAUGAUAAAGCGGUCGAAAAACUCAACCAAAGAGGCCAAAGAAAUGUUAGAACAAUUGGGUCUCGAGGAGAAAAAAUACGAUAUGGCUUGUACUUUGUCGGGUGGGAUGAAGCGCAAGCUAUGUCUUGGCAUGGCGCUAAUCGGGGAUUCACAGGUAUUGAUUUUGGACGAACCGACGUCCGGUAUGGACCCAGAGUCGCGUCGUAAAGUGUGGAACAUGUUGCUGGAGUACAGAAAAUCAAAGACCAUCCUAAUCACGACCCAUUUUAUGGAGGAAGCUGAUGUUCUUGGCGACUAUAUCGCUAUAAUGGCUGAUGGACGGUUGCAAGAUUCUGAUACACCGUACAAUUUGAAAAAGAAAUACAAUACCGGUUACCACAUGUCUCUAAUGCUUGAGUCACUCGACUUUAAGAAAGAAAUAACAGGGGAAAUACGGCGCCACAUUCCUGAAGCACAAUUGAUUCGUACACAUCAUGACACUCUGGUUUAUUUGUUACCGAUGGAUAGGAAAUCUAAGUAUAAAGAUGUUUUUGUUUCUUUGGAAGACAAAAAAGCUGAUUGGAAAAUUGUUACGAUCGGGCUCAGUUUGACCACACUUAACGAUGUUUUUCUAAAAGCCAGGGACAAACUUCUGGGAAUCGAACACAGUGAAACCGACGGGUUAAGCAAACCAGAGUUUAGUACGCAAAAAACGAAGAAAUUGAAUCGUUCGUUGAACAGUUUUCUGGCGCUGAUUGUCAAACGUUGGUAUUUCUUAGAGAAAAAAUUCUAUUGGUACUUUCCCGCCGUGAUUGUAUCAAUUACGAUUUUCCUGCUCGCGAUCUGGUUAGGGAUCUCAAGCACUGACUAUAGCAACGUCGCUGAGCCCCAAUUGAACCUAAGCCUUAAAGUCUACGACAAAUCGUACGCUUAUUUCGGCGGUGAUAAUUUAACCGAGUUGGUUAAAAUGAGACAGUUUUACGAGAAAAUAGUCAAACAACAAGACGGUUAUCCCGAAUUGCAUAAAGUCGUGUCUGAAGGCAUCAUCCAAGCAGGAACGAAAAAUAUAGCGUUUUACAACAAACACAUGAUCGUGGCUGCAGAAUUUAAUCAAAGUUCAAACGAUGAGAUCGUUGUUAAUGCCAUGUACAAUCGUUUCGCGAUACAUGGAGUUCCAAUUUCCAUUAAUUUGGCUAUGAAUGCAGCGGUUAAAGCUCUCCUAAACGAAACUUAUUCAAUUACGACAAGUAAUACGCCGCUUAAAUCACUCAGUUCGGAGUUAACUCCAGCCGAAUUGUCGGUCGUUAGUGUGGCCAGCGUUUGGGUGAUCCUCAUACCGAUGAGUAUGCUAUUUUUCAUCAGCAAUUUUAUAAUUUUCCCCAAUUCGGAAGUUUCGACAAACUUUUUCCAGCUGCAAAUUUUUGCCGGAAUCAAGCCGUAUUUUUACUGGUUUACGAAUAUUGUAUUUGAUUUUUUCUUCUCAAUUUUGCCUCUCGUUGUACUUUUCGCGUCGUUGUGGCUUUUGAAUUUGCUGACUUUUGACUCCAUACUGUUCAAAAGCAAAGAAUUUGAAACGCUGAUAAUAAUUUGUUUAACGUACGUCGUGACGGCACUUCCUUUCACCUAUUUAGUGAGCCACAAAAAAACAGUGACUGGGGGUUUUUCCCUCUUGCUAACACUUGGAAUUUUCACAAGUCUUACACCAACAAUCAUUAUCCUAGCAAUGGAGUUUUCAAACGAUGAUUAUUACAUCAAAAUCGCAAACAGUCUGAAACACGUCUUCAUAGUUUUGUUCCCACAAUUCACCCUAAGUUACAUCUGUGCGAAAUUCACGAAGAAAUUCGUGGCUAACUUCAACUGGGAGUACAUGAAUCCGAGUAAACGCGAACACAUUUGCAAACAAGAACCAAAUCCUUGUUGUUACGGUGCUUCGAACGCUUGCAGCAAUUAUCAGAGUUAUCUGUUUAGUGAAAAAUUAGGGAUUCAGGACGAUCUCUUAGAAAUGUUUGCCUCAUUUGGUCUAUAUUUCCUCGUGCUCCUGUUUGUGAACACACAACUGUUCCAGAAAAUCGUACACUUAAUCAGGUUUAUUCCCGACCAUGUUAAAGCCAUAACACUCAGAAAAUUACAAAAUAGAAGUGAUAACGAUACGUUGGACAGUGUUAUUAGCGACAAUGACAAACUUUUUAAAUCCAAUGAUGACACUCUUGUCGUUGAGAAAUUAAGAAAGACUUACGGCCCGAAAGUUGUAGUCAAAGAUUUAGUUUUGCAACUGAAAAAGAACAAAUGUUUUGGGUUGUUGGGCGUGAACGGAGCUGGAAAAUCAACAACUUUCCGCAUUUUAACAAAAUCGCUGUUUUUCGACGAUGGCAGAGUUCAGUUAGAGAAAGUACCCAUCAAAAAAGCCGAUUACACGGAACGAAUCGGCUACUGCCCUCAGGAGGAUUACUUGAAUUAUUUCCUGACCGGUCGAGAGGUUGUCUACAGCGUUGCGCGUCUGAAGGGCUAUUCGGAUGCAGACGCGCGUAAAGUUACCAAAAAUUUGCUAAAAUACUUCGAGUUGGAGAAGUAUCAAGAUAAGCCGUGUUCGGGCUACAGUGGCGGGAAUAAGCGAAAGUUGUGUUCGUGUUUAGCGUUUCUGGGAUCGCCUAAAGUGAUUUUGUUGGACGAGCCAACGAGUGGCGUGGAUCCAUCGAGCAGGCGCAAUUUUUGGAAUAUCAUAAAUUCGUUCAAAAUGCAAGGCGAUACUUCGUUUUUGCUCUGCUCGCACAGCAUGGAAGAGUGUGAGAAUUUGUGCGACGAAGUUGCGAUCAUGAAGGAGGGGACGAUUAAAGCUAAAGGAAGUCUUCUGGCUUUGAAAAACAAACACACCAAAGGUUACAAAAUUACGGUAAAAUUGAAAUCUGAGGACGAUAUUUAUCGACUUAAAGGCAGAAUUUCCGAACUACUGCGGGCAGAGUUAAUGGAAGAAUAUGCGGGAUCGUUGGUUUACCAAGUCGAUGAUAAACGACUGAGUGGCUUGUUUGUCGUUCUUGAUAAUUUGCAGGACGAAUUUCCGUGCAUUGAUGACUAUAUUGUCAAUCAAAUGUCCUUAGAAGACAUAUUUUUAAGCGUUGCAGAUGGUAAUUAAGGUGGUUAAUUACCAUAUUAAGUUACACUGAUUGGUGAACGACCAAUUUCACGAUGUCCAAAGUCUGAAUGAUUAUUACUGGAGUCGCACCCCAGGGGAAUACUAAUGAGGAAAUGAAAUUUAUUCCAGAAAUUGCCAAAAAAUUGUAAAAAUUACCAAUCUCUGUACUAUUAACUUUAGCUGGCUGUGAUAUGUAUUAUUUGACGCAAAGUUUGAAGAAAACUGUCUGAAAUGCUUACUAAUUGUCUACUUUUCUGCAGGUAGGUAUUUUUAUCCCUUUGCACCUUUUGUGAUUUGUACAGUCACAAUAAAAAAGAAUGACACCCCCACCAACCGGGUUGGAUAGCAAAAGUGCGACAUUUAGGUCAUGAAUUUCAACAAACAGAUUUACAAACUGCAGAUUUGUAGCUGCCGUUUUCGGAGUGUCUUUCUUUUUGAUCGUGACCGUACAUGUGUCAUAAAUAAAUUAAUUUUGACCACUUAUACUUAUAUUAUUGUUAUGGGUAUUACCAUUACCUUAAGCACAAUAUUCACAUAUUCACUGUUUGAAACACCGUAGUAACCGAACACAAAUCUCACUUUUCGACCGAUUUAUUUAAAUAAUUUCAAAACAAUUAACACAAUCGAUGCGAGAGCCGCACUUCAACUGACUCGUUAUCGCAUGGUUUACUCGAAAGCAUACAGUCUAGCAAAAAAAUUAUUUCGUAACAUUUUACAAACAUUUAAAAGUAAUUUUUGCUGAAUAAAUGCUAGUUUAAAAGGUGGCAUUUGUUGAAAUUAGCGGAUGGUUAAAAUUAAUUUAUUUAUUUUAAUUGUAUUAAUAAUCAUUUAUCAAAAAGAAAGCAAAAACAUUACGAAAUAAUUAGUAAGUUAUUCAAAUUUGGCAUUCGUUUUGCGGUUACCGUAAUAUAAGUUUAUUUUGUUGUUUUUAUUUUUUAACGUAGAAUAGAUGCUGUCUUCGACCAACUUGCAACACAAAACCUAUGCUAAAAUUCAAUAAAAAUUUUAAUUAUUUCGUACUCUUUUGCUUAUAUUUUUAGAUUAUAUUUUGUACUUAUACUUUUUAUCCUUGUUAAACAUGUUGUUUUUGUGAUGUGAGAAAGAUGAGUGAUAAAUGAUAUAAAUGACAAACGACAAACAUAUUUGGUUAUGAGUGUGCGCCUGUUAGUUUUUGAGAGUAAAAAAUAAAUUAUAAUAAUAAAAAUAGUAAUUUACAAGUCACAUUAAAUUUUAUAUUUGAGAUAAGCACAACGUAUACUACUAUGUAAGAAUUUGAAAUAAAGCAAUUAUGCAUA